UUUAAUCUCAUGAAGACAAUUCAACACUGUCUGUUUACAGUGUUAUAGUCUGUUCACUGCUACAACUGUAGCAGUGACAUUGGCUGACAAGCUAGCUGAUAGCUGGUCAACACAUCAACACUGUCUCACUUGGUGUGUGUGUGUGUGUGUGUGUGUGUGUGUGUGUGUGUGUGUGCGUGCGCGUGCGUGUGCGGGCGCGUGUGCUCUCUAGCUCGUAUACUCUUGAUAUGAUCCAACCCAUCUGUGACUGAACAGUAUAAGGAUGAACUAGCAUUACUGUUGGCUGACUGAUAUGUUAGUUUGAUGUAAAAUGCAUUAACAACAAGGAAUUUAAAAUGUACACGUUUGUGUCAUCCCUGACAUUUGGUUGAGUAAUCAUUUAAAAAAAAUAUAAGUUAUGAAUAAUAAAUGUUAGACAAAACCAUCCCAGUUCAAGGUCCACUUACUAGCUUUUUCCCCCCUGAGCUUUCAACCGUCAUAGAUGGAUUUGUUGAUGGAUUUGUUUCUCACCCGUGUUGGUUUAAGAUUUAAGCGUGAAGCAUUUUUGAGCUUUGAAAUAAGUCUUUCAAAACAAUCCCAUAAUACAAUUGAAGCACCAGAAAGUGCAAAACAAAACAAAAAAAAAGUGGACCUUGAUUUGGGAUUGUUUUUGUUUUUUUUCAAUCAGAUUUUUAGAGAUGGACAGCAUGGAACCAUUCACUUUUUAGUAUGGUAACUUUGUGGAUAACCUCCGUCUGUACGUCCGUGGAGGCGGUGGGGGUAUGGGUCUACCCCGUCUUGGGGGAAUUGGAGGGAACGGGGGAGAUGUUUGGGUGGUGGCUACAAAGAACAUGGCUUUAAAGAGGAUCAAGGACAAGUACCCCCACAAACGAUUUGUAGGUGGAGCCGGAGCCAACAGCAGGUUUGCUUUUACAAAUACAAGUCAGAAUAUCUCUUAUUAUUAUUGGCUAUCAUUGAGAUGUUUUGUGUGUAAGUGUGUGUGCAUUUUAUUUAUCCACAGUGUCCGAGCACUGAAAGGAGAGAGGGGGACGGACAAGGAGGUCUUGGCUCCUGUUGGUAUCACAGUCACCACUGAUGAUGGCAAAAUAGUUGGGGACCUGAAUACUGAGGGGGAUCGUCUGAAGGUGGCGAAAGGAGGACCAGGAGGCUCCUUCCGCUCUGCUUUUGAGCCCAGUAAGGGCCAGAUCAAACACAUAAGGCUGGACCUCAAACUUAUCGCUGACCUGGGCCUUGUCGGGUUCCCAAAUGCAGGAAAGUCUUCUCUUCUGACUGCCAUGUCUAAUGCCACGCCUCAGAUUGCCGACUACGCUUUCACAACUUUGAAGCCGGAGAUCGGCAAACUGAUGUAUGAAGAUUACAAACAGAUUUCUGUUGCUGAUCUCCCAGGCCUGAUCGAAGGAGCUCACAUAAACAAAGGCAUGGGUCACAAGUUCCUAAAACAUGUUGAGAGGACCAAGCAGCUUCUGUUUGUGGUAGAUGUUUGCGGUUUCCAGCUGGCAAGUAAAACAGAGUUUAGGACGCCCUUUGAAGCUGUUCAACUUCUCACCAAGGAGUUGGAGUUGUACAAAGAGGAGCUCGUAUCGAAGCCUGCUCUGCUGGUGGUGAACAAAAUGGACCUGCCCGACGCUGAGGACAACCUAGCAGAGCUGAAGGAGCAACUACAAAACCCAGAUGAGUUCUCUCAUCUGUUGCCUGAUAACAUGAUACCGAAGAGCUGCAUAACCUUCAGACACAUAGUUCCUGUCUCGGCCUCCACUGGGUUUGGUGUCGACCGUUUGAAAAGGUGCAUCCGGGAAUCGCUUGAUGAAGAUGCAGCAAUGGCAACUAAAGACAUCCAUCAAGACAGACUGCAGGCUCUGAGGCACCACUCACAUGUGCAUUUGUGAUGUACACGGGCAACAUGUAACUCAACAUGUAGGUCUUCGGGACCUACAGUGUACGAUGAUGGAUGACACAUUAUUAAAACUAGAACUUUAAUGGCUGGUAAAAAGCAUCCACUGAGAAACACCUGUGAAACUGUGCAGCAAACUGUCCAUAGAAGUGACGGAGGAUGACUUUGUCACUGACCGUCUCAGGCAAAACCUUCAAUGUUAUGAGGUGCAACAAGUUCCGCAUGAGUUGAUCUUUGCUGCAAAUGUUCCCUUGUUUGGUAAGAAUGUCAGUUUUCCAGUAUUGUGUUUCUUUUCCUCUGUAAGUUAAAGUAAAAUCUGAAGUUAUUAGAAAUGUCAGCAGACGAUUUGAUGAAAGUUGUAUUUUGUAAUAAAUAUAUAACAAUACUGAAUGAUUUAAGAAGAAAAUAUAUGGGGAUUGGUUUUGCAUCAUUAGUGUGCAGCAUACAGGCAAAACAAAAAAGAUAAAGAAAGUAAUUGCAGUAUUUAGAUCUGAACUUGUACAUGUGGGGUUUUUUUGAAAGUUCCUGCAGCAGAGUGCUGAUGGGACCACAUGGAGGAGACUGGGUUGUACAUGAGUACAUUCUCUAUACUAUGACACUCUACUAUGAAUACCUCUGUACUAUACUAUGACUUUUUUUUUUUUUUUGACUUUUUAAUGUGUCAUUUGAAAAAAUUUAACAUUUCAGUGGCCUGGGUUCACUACCGGCUUUUUUCAACAUUCUAUAUUUUUACACUUCUCAACAUACUAGGACUUUCUUUCGACGUACUAUAAAAUUACAUUUUAUGAGGUUUUUUCUACAUACUAUACAGAUUUUUUUUACAUUCUAUACUAUGACUUUUUACUUUUUUUGACAUACUUUAAAAAACUUGUUACUAAAUGCUAUAACAUGACAUACUAUACUUUGACUUUUUAAUUACUUUUUUCGACAUUCUAUAUUUUGACUUUUUUCAACGUACUAUCCUUUGACUUUUUAAUUUACCUUUUUUGACAUACUAUACUCUGACUUGUUUUGACAUCCCAUACUAUGACUUGUUUUGACAUCCCAUACUAUAACUUGUUUUGACAUCCCAUACUAUGACUUGUUUUGACAUCCCAUACUAUGACUUGUUUUGACAUCCCAUACUAUGACUUGUUUUGACAUCCCAUACUAUGACUUGUCGGUAGGGACUGUUACAAAGCGUAACUAGAAAAACUACAUAACCAAAAAUGUGCGAACGCGACGUCUCUCUGAAGCUACGAUUCCUGUGUUUGGUACCGGGAUGUGCUCACACGAGCAGCAGGUCAUGCUUGUUCUGUUUCUUCCCGGCUGAUAGUCGCAGCAUAAAACACACAUCAUAAGAUAACGUUACAUUUGUGCAUGGAACAUAGCUAAUUACCUUACUAGCUAUCAAGCUAAGGUGACGGCCAUGUUGGUGUUGGUGAGAUGUAGUUCUCUGAGCGGUUUCACACAAAACUAAAUGGUACUACAACAAACUGCGACUCUCUUGACUUGCAAAAUUAUGCUUUGUAUUUACAAACAUCCUAUGUGUAAUUCAUGGCACUAUUCAAACGGGAUGAAAAAAUAUUUGUCUUUCAGCUUUGACUAUCACACAUAUUUAUUCCAAAAUAAGGCCAGUGGAGGACAUCGCAGACGGAGGGACUUCGUAAUGCAAAACAAUUAAAGUCAGUUUUCCAAUAAA